AUGAUAUGCUCCAUCCCUGGUCUGCCAAACGACAGCUACGUGGCUGUGGACGAGGCACACGCCAGCCUCAUCAACGUCAGCCUCCCCUGGGACAGCGAGCUGGGCGACAAGGGUGGGUGGUCACAGUGUCUGGUCAGGUCAGUGGACGAGGGCACGGGGGACCAGGUGAACAGAGAGUGCACGGCAUGGGUCUACGAUGAUUCCGUGUUCAGAUCCACGGUGGUCAGCAAGUUUGACCUGAUCUGUGACAAGAAAAUGUCUCGCUCCCACGCCCGGAUGAUCCUCAUGGGUGGCCUGCUGCUGGGGGCCAUCGGAAUCGGGGUCAUCGCCGACAUAAUCGGCCGUAAGAAAGCCCUGAUGGCUAUGGUGGCGCUGCAUGCCGGGGCGUCUAUCGCUGUGGCUUACGUGGAGUCCUUUGUGCUCUACGUCAUCUUCAGGUUCCUCACUGGCAUCUCCAUCAGCGGCCUCUUCUUGGCCAUCUUUGUGCUGGGUAUGGAACUUGUAGGCCCCAGCAAGCGAAUGUUUGUCGGUAUUGUGGUCGAAGUGUUCUGGGCUCUGGGCGUAAUGAUACUCGGCGCCAUUGCCUACUUCGUCAGGGACUGGAACUACUUACAGAUGGCGGUCUCUUUCCCGAUUCUGCUCUUCUUUUCUUACUGGUGGUUUAUCCCAGAGUCCCCUCGCUGGCUGCUGGCCCGGGGUCGUGACGAGGAGGCUGAGGCCAUCAUCCGACACGCCGCAAAAGUCAACGGCGUGAAAAUGCCGGACAAGAUCUUCGACGGCAAGACGUUUGACGAGGCCUACACCAGGGAGAAGAUGUCACGUGUGUUCACCUCACCUCGCUUCAUGUUCCGGCUGGUCGUGCUCUGCUACAACUGGCUGUCGUCUGCCAUGGUGUUUUACGGCCUUGGCCUCAAUGCCGGCAACCUAGCCGGUGACCUCUACGUGAACUUUGAACUGAUGGGCGUUGUCGAGCUCAUCGCCUACGGUGCAUGCGUUCUGCUGCUCAACCGGAUUGGUCGGAAACCUUUACACAUUGCCUGCAUGAUCCUAGGGGGCGGGGCUUGUCUCAGCACAAUCUUCACUGUCCUCUACGCUGAUGAAUCUCUUCAAUGGCUUAACAUCGUCCUUGCCCUGCUGGGCAAGUGUGGGGCGUCUGCGGCCUUCGCCAUCAUCUACGUUUACUCCGCGGAGCUGUUCCCCACGCCCCUCCGGAACUCGCUGAUGGGCGUCACCUGUCUCUUCGCCAGGAUGGGCGGAAUGAUUUCCCCUUACAUUGCAGACUUGAACACAGUGGUCAGUGGUCAGUUUGGCCAGGCCUUACCUCUCAUCGUGUUCGGCGCCUCCACUGUGGCCGGGGGUCUGAUGUGUUUCAUGCUGCCAGAGACAUUACAUAAACAUCUGCCCGAAACACUGGAAGAUGCUACCAACUUUGGCAGAGUGACGUCAUCCUCCUCCGGCACCGUCAGACGUAGACAGGGAGACUGGGACAUUGAGUACACCGUGGACGCUCCCAGUAAAGAAUGUGACCCUCUCAACGCCAGGACCAGGGACCGUGAAGCCAAGGAACCUGUUGUGUGAAAACGAGACAAAAACAAAACAACCCCCCCCCCCCCCC